UAGUAUUGGUGCUAUAGGUUUUUGCCUUUAUGGUACAACUUAAAAUUGUACAUUUACGUUAGGGUACAACUUCAGAUUGUACCUAUACUUUUUGUGCAAAUUCUUUUACGGUACAACUUGAACUUGUACCUUUAUGUGAUGGUACAACUUCAAGUUGUAAAGUUGUACCAUAACAUAAUGAUACAAAUUGCUUUAUGGUACAACCUAAACUUAUACAUUUAAUGUUAUGGUACAACUUUGAGUUGUACAUUAAAGCAUUAAUACUAUAUAGCAUAGUAGAAGUGCUCACGAAGUAAGCAAGUUGUAAGAAAAUCACGAUAAGAAGGAAACAUUAUCGAUCGCUAUCUUUAAUUCGUGGACAUUGUAUACCAUGAGUAUGGACUUGUAUUAGUUAGCUACCUUAUCUUAUUGGUUUCUUCGAAUUUACUACGGUGAGUUGUCUAUAUACCCUAAAUCCUAAUACGUUGAUACAAUUGAAUCAAUGACACUCCGGAAUUCGAAUAUAACCCAAACAUGCCAUGUCUAAUCAUUUUUUUUUUCAUGUGAAGUGAAACAACUUUAUGAAAAAAUUGGAGUUCAUUCCAAUCAAAAUUGGUUCUUGGACUCACAAGUUAUAGCACCUCACCCACCCUUGGUUAAUAACCUAACAAGGAAUCCCAGAAUAAAUCGCCAUUCGGAAUUCCGAAACCUAAUUGAAAUACUAAUGAAAAGUAUAUUGAAAACAUGUGAAAACAACAGUUUGUCGUUUCCGAAAACAGCAGAAAGGUGCCACUUUCUGUUUUCAUAGUUGGAAACUAAUAGAAAACAGAAUGAAAAGUAAACAAAUUUUCUCGUUUCGAUUACCAAAUUUAUGACAUGAAAACAAAAUUUAGGAAACGAAAAAUGGAAAUGAACAGAGCCUAAGAUAUCUUGGCAGUUUUUGCUACAUAAAUAAAUGGCAGUCUAGACUAGUGGAUGACAAUCUCCUUACUGAACAAAACUUCAGUGACUAAUUUGGAAGUGACAGAAAGUUUUGUGACCAUUGUGAAAUUGGCCUGCCAAGCAAACCCACCAAUCAAUCCUCACGGUCAGAAUCAGAAACGAACAAAAAUGGAUCCCCGUGUUCACACCGACCCGACCCGCCCCCCGCCCGCACAACCCGUCUCUCUGCAUUCUGCAACAACAAGAACAAACAACAGUUUUUCUUUUUCCUUUUCGUUUUCCGGGUUUUCCACCCAAAAGAAAAAGGAAUCUCCCCCUACCCAUUGAGCUUGCGUGCGAAGAAUUUACAGAUACAGACUUCCCGAUUUCAACGCCGCUCGCUCUCCUAUAUAACGACUCUUCCCCACCAAUCCAACACCCACAUUCUCCUUCUGCAAUUCCAAAGCUAGCGACAAUGGCGUCGUUAUCAGCUUCCUUCCUCCUCUUCUCCCUCCUCUUCGCCUCCGCCGCCGCCAUGGACAUGUCGAUCGUCGAUUACGACGCCCGGCACGGCCUCCCGGCUCCGGAGAGGAGCGAGGCGGAGCUGCGGACGAUGUACGAGAAGUGGCUGGUGGCCCACCGCAAGAACUACAAUGCCCUAGGAGAGAGGGAACGGAGGUUCGAGAUUUUCAAGGACAAUCUGAGGUUCGUCGACGAGCACAACUCCGUCGACAGGAGUUACAAGGUGGGUUUGAAUCGGUUCGCCGAUUUGACCAACGAGGAGUACCGGUCGAGGUAUUUGGGGGUUUCGAUGGAGAGGAAGGUCAACGGCUCGUCGGCCGCCGUCGUCGGGGGUAGGUAUUUGUUCAAAAAGGGCGAUGACUUGCCGGGCUCCGUCGAUUGGCGCCAGAAGGGAGCUGUGGCUCCGGUGAAAGAUCAGGGCCAGUGUGGUAGUUGCUGGGCAUUCUCGACUGUUGGAGCUGUAGAAGGGAUCAACCAGAUUGUCACUGGCGAGCUGAUCACCCUGUCAGAACAGGAGCUUGUUGAUUGCGAUACUUCCUAUAACCAGGGCUGCAAUGGUGGUCUCAUGGACUACGGCUUCCAGUUCAUCAUCAACAACGGCGGGAUCGACACCGAAGAAGAUUACCCUUACAAGGCUGUCGACAGCGUCUGUGAUUCCAACAGGAAAAAUGCCAAGGUUGUCACCAUAGACGGGUUCGAGGACGUCCCAACGAACGACGAGAAGUCACUGAAGAAGGCCGUGGCACACCAGCCCGUGAGCGUGGCCAUCGAAGCCGGCGGCAGGGCGUUCCAGCUAUACCAGUCGGGAGUCUUCACCGGCCAGUGUGGAACUCAGCUCGACCAUGGCGUCGUUGCAGUUGGGUACGGCACCGAGAAUGGUGUAGACUACUGGAUCGUGAGGAACUCGUGGGGUCCGAGCUGGGGAGAGGAAGGAUACAUCAAGAUGGAGCGCAAUGUGGCUGGCACGAAGACUGGGAAGUGCGGCAUUGCAAUCGAGGCUUCGUAUCCAACCAAGAAGGGUGCUAACCCGCCUAAACCGGGCCCGACUCCUCCGACUCCGGCCACUCCUCCUCCUCCUCCGCCUCCUCCUUCAACCGUCUGCGACGACUACUACUCCUGCCCUGCAGGAACCACCUGCUGCUGCGUUUAUAAGUACGGCAGCUACUGCUUCGGGUGGGGAUGCUGCCCUCUCGAGUCGGCCACUUGCUGCGACGAUCACUACAGCUGCUGCCCUAAAGAGUAUCCAGUUUGUGAUCUCAAGGCUGGAACUUGCAGAAUGAGCGAGAGUAAUCCGUUUGGAGUGGCGACGAUGAAGCGGUUCUUGGCUAAGAGCAUCAGGCCUCGCCUGCAGAUGGAGAUCUAAUGGAGAACUGGAAGUUUGAGGAGAGUUUGCAUUAUGAUAAAUUAUUGCCGCAAUCAUCAUCCCCCUUUAUUUGGUUUUAAUUGUUGAGCAAUUUCGAAUUUCUGAGACUGAUAUAGUGGUGCUUUGGUGUAUAUAUAUGUAUUCAGACACCAAUUGAAUCAAUUGCAACUUGCAAGUUAUUGCCUUUCCGAUUAUCAAUUGCUGGAAUUCUUCUGAUCACUGAUUGUUUGGGUAGUAAAUUUCGUAUUUGGUCAUUGAGUUUGCUAAAAAAGUGACAUAUUUAAUCACUAGAAAUAUUUAAUUCUAAUUUUGGUCACUUGAGUUUGUCAAACAACUCAUAAUGGUCACUCGAAUUAGUCAAAUAGUUCGUGUUUGGUCACUUGAACUGGUCAAAUAGUCCAUGUAAAUGGAUUGUUUGACUAAUUCGAGCGACCAAACAUGAACUGUUUGAUUCCUUCGCGUGACUAACAUUGGAAUUAAAUAUUUGUAUGUACUAAACAUAUUAGAAUGAGGUGGUCCACCUCAUUUUGCAUCGUUUGAAACAAAACAUUUCACGAUUUAUUGAAUGAAUUUAGGUGUAACAU